AUGUGGGAGAUUGUUGUUGCUCAGGAUAAUCUGACCCAUCCACAUGAAGUCAAACAAGAUAUAACAGCUAACUACUGCCACAGCACGUGCAACACAAUUAGGAACUUGAUUAUUGUUUGAACAGGUACUGAGUCAGCAGAUGGAAGAUAUGCUCAAAUGCUGUUUAAGAAUUUAUUUGAAGAUUAUACAGAUGCACUCAGGCCUGUAGAAGAUACAGAUCUAGCACUGAAUGUCACUCUGAAGGUCACCCUCUCACAAAUUAAAGAUAUGGAUGAAAGGAACCAAAUUCUGACUGCUUACCUUUGGAUUCGACAAAUCUGGUUUGAUGCUUUCCUCAAGUGGGAUCGAGACAAGUAUGAUGGACUUGAUGCUAUUCGAAUACCUAGUAGUUCUGUAUGGAGACCUGAUAUUGUUCUGUAUAACAAAGCUGAUGAUGAAUCUACUGGAUCCAUGGAGACUAAUGUGGUCUUAAGAUACGAUGGGCAGAUUACGUGGGACUCGCCAGCGAUUACCAAGAGCUCGUGUGUCGUAGAUGUGGCAUACUUCCCAUUUGAUGAUCAGAGGUGUAACCUUACUUUUGGCUCGUGGACAUACAAUGGAAAUCAGGUUGACAUCACGAAUGGACUUGAUAGUGGAGACCUGACUGAUUUUGUGGAGAAUGUAGAAUGGGAAGUACAUGGAAUGCCAGCAACAAAAAAUGUGAUCACAUAUGGCUGUUGUUCAGACCCAUACCCAGAUGUCACAUACACAUUAAUUCUCAAAAGGAGGUCUUCUUUCUACAUUUUUAACUUGUUGAUCCCAUGUGUAAUGAUCUCGUUCCUAGCUCCAUUAGGAUUUUACCUACCAGCUGACUCUGGAGAGAAGGUGUCACUUGGUGUGACAGUACUGCUGGCACUGACUGUGUUUCAGCUGAUGGUUGCAGAAAGUAUGCCUCCAUCUGAAAGUGUUCCAUUGAUUGGUAAAUACUACAUAGCAACAAUGACAAUGAUCACUGCCUCCACUGCACUGACAAUUUUCAUCAUGAAUAUUCACCACUGUGGGCCAGAAGCCAAGCCAGUUCCAAAAUGGGCAAAGGUGAUCAUAUUGCAGUACAUGUCAAAGAUCUUUUUUGUGUAUGACAUUGGUGAAACCUGCACAUUGGUGCAAAAGAAAGAUGAAAAAAAGAACUUGCAUCGAUGUCCAGUUUGCAACCACAGAGAAAGUAAUGGACAUUUUGAAGGAAGCAUAGGGAAUAGUUGUGCCAGUGAAGAGGAUCUUAACAUGUCCUCUUGUUUCUGUUACUUACAUAGAGGCAGGGUGGCAAGAAACAUUGAAUUUAUAGCCAAUUGUUUUAGAGAGCAAAAAGCAACGAAUGCAAAAUCUGCAGAGUGGAAAAAAGUGGCUAAAGUAAUGGAUCGUUUCUUCAUGUGGAUUUUCUUUGUCAUGGUGUUCUUUAUGAGCAUUUUAAUUGUAGGAAAGGCAACAUGA